CGGACCGACGGCCGACUCCACAGCCGCCCCCACAACCAGCCCCGACGCGGAUUCGAACCCACAGCCGACUCCACACUCUGCCCCGGAGCGGACCCCGGCCGGCCAUGGAGCUCGAGGAGGAUUUGGAUGUGUUGGAUCCAGAGAGGUUAAUCCAGUGCCCCUUGGUUAAACACCAUUGGAUCAGAGCACGGCGGUUUCCCUAUCACCUGGUGAAGUGUAAGGAGAGCAACCCUGAAAUUGCAAAGAAAUUGGCCACGUGUCCUUUCAACGCACGUCAUCUGGUUCCUCAGGCUGAACUCAGCAACCACAUCAUGAACUGCAAUGACAAAGCCUUCGUGGAGCAAGAUGUGGUGAGCCGGUCCUGUGAGUCCCCACAGGAGCAGCUGAAUAAUGGGAGCACAUGGCAGGCACCUCCAUGUGCUGAAGACUGGGAAACAGACUUGCUGGAGGGAUCUGAGUCUACUUUUGUGUGGGGUGUGAUCAACUCCACCAUGAACAGCACCAUCAGUGACCAGAACAACUCCUUGCCCUCGCGGAUGCGGCCCCCUGAGACCCUCCCGUACAGCGUGUCUGCAGGCCUAAUUCGGAGUAUUAGUUCCUCCCCAUGGAACUUAGUUUUACCCCAGCAGUAAGUGUCUCCCUGGUUUGGACAGAUGAGCUGCUGCAGAAGACAGACAUGCUCUGGACCUGAUGGCAGG